AUGUUGCGAUUCGUGUCUGGCAAGUUCCAGCCCAUAACCCUGGGCUUCAAUGUCUGGAAUCACUCUCUGCCAGAGAUCUACGGGGUCAUCCUCGGCAUGUUCAUCAAGCUAGGCCUGGUCGAAUGUCUCAAUAUCUCCGAGAGCGAACUCCUUGACUUCAUCAUCGACGUCGACCGGGGCUACCUUGCAACUUUUUACCACUCCUUCUACCAUGCCGCCGAUGUCACCUCGAUCCUUUACCACAUGCUGCUCGAGAUGAACGCAUCACAAUACCUGUCAAAACCAGACAUGGCAGCUUUGCUGCUCGCUGGUCUCUGCCAUGAUAUCGGACACCCCGGCCUGAACAACCUGUUCCAGGUCAAUGCCCAAACAGAACUCGUCCGCCAAUUCGGAGAGGCAUCCGUCCUUGAGAGGUACUCGUGCUCGCUUGCGAUGGAUCUCGUCCAGAAACACAAUUUGUUCCGCAACAUUGCCCAAUCUCCCGCCGCAACCCUCCCCGAGGGCCACCGCGCAACGGAGGAGAGCAUGAAGGAGUCGAUGAUCAAGGCCAUCAUGGCCACAGACAUGUCCUUCCACUACGACAUGCUCAAUAACCUCAAUUCCCUCAUCGAGUUCACAUCCACACCCACAUCUUCAAGAGCUAACUCUGAUAGCGAAGAUGCCGCCUCGGCCACAGAGACCGAAUCGGACACGGAUUCAGAUAUGAGUGCACCUCCAUCACCGACUCUGCCCAGUCCUUGCCAUCAUAACCACCUUCCCAGUAGCGCAAAUGGUGAGGUAACAGCAGCACAAGUUCGAGCCAUGCACGCGCGGCUCGAAUGUCCAAUAGCCCGACACCACCGCCGGCAGUCCUCUGCUUCUUCUAUCUCCUCUACAUCCUCAGUCGACUCGGCCUGCUCAAAGGGCUCCACGCAGACGAACCACAGUGUCCUCGCUAAUGCCGCUCGUCUACCAUCCGAUCUGACUCCUGAACUGCGCCAGGUGUUUGCAAACUGCCUGCUGCAUGCUGCAGACAUCUCCAACGCGAUUAAGCCCUGGGAGCUCUGCAAGCGGUGGUCGGAUCUGGUUGUUCAAGAGUUCUUCCGGCAGGGAGAUAUUGAGAAAGCCCAAAAGCUGCCGGUUUCGCCGAAUAUGGAUCGCGAUCAGUCUAACCAGGCGCAGAUCGCGCUGGGAUUUGGAGAUUUUGUGGUCCGACCAUAUUUCGAAAGCUUUGUCGAGUUCUUGCCAGAGGCAGCGCCGUUCUUGACCAAUUUGAUAAGCAAUCGCGAGCAGUGGAUGUUGCAGAAGGCGACUAUUGAGGUGGAGAAGGAGAGGGAGUUGAAGGAGUUGAAGGAGAAGAUGGAGAAGAUGGAGAAGAUGGAGAAGAUGGAGCCUUGUGUGGCUAUGGAGAACAUGACCAUGACAGCAGUGGAUGCGGAUGUUGCGCAGAGUGUCGAGAGUGCAGAGCAACAGAUGAAGGAUUUGCAACAGAGGAUUUCAACUCCCCUUCCACCACACCUUGCCCCUGGCCGUCGCCUCUCAGUGGCUGCUGGAGUCGUGAUCCUGGACGAUACACCGCAGCGCCCCCCUCCACACCCGCACCGGCGUCUCCGCCACUCGACCAAUACCGACAGCCCAGGUUCUCUCUACCAUCACCACCGCCAUCAUGCCAUUCGGAAGAUCAAGCGCUCGCUCUCUGGCCGCUCUCUGUCGACAUGUCUACGCGAUCAGCAGGAAGCUAUGAUCUCGACAAUGAAACGUGAGGCAACCGUCCUCGAAAAUAAGGGUCGCUCCAUGCAUCUACACUCAUCUGCUACACCAUCUGCAGCAGUAGCGUCAGCUGAAGCGGCGGCAGUAUGGACGAAAGGUAGAUCAGUGGGGGAAAUAGAGGAUAGCGACAAGGUGCCAUUGGUCUUACCGCAACCUCAGAAAUCGUUCCGACAGCGCCGACACGGCAGCCUGCAGCUUGAGUUCGCACAUCCUAGGCUUCGGCAGGAGCUUGGAGAUGGAUAUGUGACACUCAAUCUCCAGGACAGCAGCACGGAUCAAGAGCAGGAGCAGGAGCAAGAUGGUAAUAUACCCACGGACCCUCUGUGUAUAUCAAGUACAACAUGUUCUGUUCGACCGCCUUCGCCGGUACCGUCGCUGCCUGCCGUAGGGACAGCUUUCGCGGAAGGACAUCGGCAGCAGCUUCAUCCACUCCAGAUCCCACACCUUCACACUCGCCAUCAUCUUCAUGCUGGCUCUCGAAGCAGUACACCUGCGCUUCUGACGGAGAGUACUCGAUAUGACUGGGACUCUGGCUGCGGGCCUUUAGAUGCUUCAAGGGGCUGUAUGUCUUUGACUGGUCCGCCGUCGGCGCCGGUACUUGGGGUAGCUAAAGGUCUUACACAAGAGGAAGACGAAAAAAGACGUUUGAAGAUGUGGCCCCCGAUUUCGGUGGCGACUGGGUUGGAUGAUGGGCCGUUGGAUUGUGUGGUUGGGACAUCCACGAGACAGGGGGACGAAGAGCAGGAAGGUGAGGGGUUGAAGGAGGCGGAGAAGGAGAGGCAGCAGGAGAUGAGACGUGGGUCGUUGGUGGAUGGGGCGGUGAGCAUUACGGCAGCGACAGGAGCGGCUGGACUGAGUGUUUGA